AUGUGCGGUGUCUCAGCCAUAUUGCUUGGCGAUCCCGACGCUACCAGCGCCGCGGUUGAUCUGCAUGAGUCUCUUUAUUCUCUCCAGCAUCGAGGACAAGAUGCUGCGGGGAUUGCGGUUUGCCAGGGCAGCAGAGUCUUCCAGUGCAAGGGACUAGGGUUAGCCAGCGAAGUCUUCUCAGACGGCAGGCGGCUACAACAGCUUCCGGGCUAUAUGGGCAUUGGUCAUGUCCGCUAUCCGACCAUGGGUACCGCGUCUGCGUCCGAAGCCCAGCCAUUAUACGUCAACGCCCCGUUCGGAAUCUCACUGACCGUGAAUGGGAACGUCAUUAAUACCGAGGAGCUCCGCAGAUACCUCGAUGAGGAGGCUCACCGGCAUAUCAACUCCGAUUCCGACUCGGAGCUUCUGGACGCUGAUGGCAUCCGCCCCCUUUGCAUUGGGUCACGACCCUCGGCUACCAUAGCGGGCGCAAAUGAUUACUUCAUGGCGUCAGAGUCAGUUGUACUACAGCAACUUGGCUUUCGUGAUAUUGUGGAUAUAUUGCCAGGCCAGGCCGUCUUCUGUCCGAAAGGCGGCACUCCUAUCUUUCGCCAGGUCGUUCCGCGGAGAGGUUAUACUCCUGACACGUUUGAAUACAUAUACGUUGCCCGACUAGAGAGUUGGAUUGAUGGUAUAUCCGUAUACCGCAGUCGACAAAAGAUGGGAGAGAAGUUGGCCGAGAAGAUUAAACUCGUCCUUGGAGAAAAGGGUGUCGAGGAGAUUGACGCGAUUAUUCCAGUUCCAGAGACGAGCAACGUCGCCGCAGCUGCUUUAGCUCAGAAAUUGGGGAAGCCGUACGUGACGGCCCUCGUCAAGAACCGCUACGUCCACCGCACCUUUAUCCUGCCUGAUCAGGCUUCACGCCUAAGGAGUGUCCGCCGUAAAUUCUCUUUCGUCGAGUCAGAAUUCCAAGGCAAGAACCUGGUCAUCGUCGACGACAGCAUCGUCCGAGGCACAACGUCGCGACAGAUUGAUUUCCCGCUAAUAAUUCAGGUCCAAUUGGCCAGGGAAGCGGGCGCGCUUCGCGUCGUAUUUGUCUCAUGCUCCCCACCCUGCACACAUCCGCACAUCUAUGGUAUAGACCUCGCGGACCGUUCUGCUCUAAUUGCCUACAACAGGACGCAGCGAGAAAUCGCCGAUUACCUAGGCGCCGACGAAGUUGUCUUCCUAGAUGUCGACGGCGAGAACGGACUAACGGCGGCGUGCAUUGAAGCAGCUCAGGGCGAGACUCCAAUCAAGAAUAUGGAAAUAGGCGUAUUUACGGGCGGUUACGUGACUGGGCUGCCAGAUGGAUAUCUCGAAAACCUGAGUGACCUCCGAAGUGGCCGCCGGCAGCAGAAGGCUGGCUUUGAAAGCCAAAAGGCUGGUGAGGGCGAGGACGGAAGCGUGGCUGCGAGGCCAGCACCUGCGGGCCUGCCAUGCUCGGGCGAAGCUGCUACCCCCGACCACCGCGAGGAUAUCAAGCAUGUGGUUUGUGAAAGCCGAAGCUACCAGAGCCGUGACUAA